AUGGCUUCUGGAACUGGAAGUGGAAAUGGGUAUUACCCACAUAAUUACCCUCCUGAAGCUUUUGAUACGUUUUUUUCGAGAGGUUCAGUUCGUGCCACUUGGAUCGCAUUCUUUAUUAUGUUUUUAAUAUGGGCUUUCCUUUGGAUGUUGAGCAUGCUGAGCACACUUAUUCACGGUUCACAACCCUCUACUGAUGGCGCCAGCGCAAAUGCAGGCGACACUGAAAAUCCUACAACUGCGGAACGAAAUUACAAGUUUAAAGGUUCUUCCGUAAAACGAGCCUUCGACGUAUCACGUGACCUUUUACUAGGCUUGCUUGCCGCAUUAACAAUAAAUUCUUUAGGACGCGGCAGCUCGGUUGCAGUUCUG